AUGCCAAUACUACACUAUGACGCUAUCCGCGAACCGAUUGCUGCAGGUACCAGUGUCACUCGAAUUUUGGAGUUGCAGAACGAGUCUGUGCAGACAGUCUCCGCUUCACCAGUACCACCUCUCAACAGCCGGUCUACCUACGCAGUGAAAGAAACUCACUUCGUACCCAGAGGAUGGUCUGAUGCUGGUAAACCACACCCAAACCACUUGGUCGACCUAAAGAUUGGUCUCAAGAACAAGAGAUUCGCCGACCUGGAACGUCAUCUCUACGAAAUCUCUCUACCUACCCACCAUAGAUACCGACAACACCUUUCUCGAGAACAGGUUGAUGAUCUGAUCAGACCAGACGAUGAUGCGUCAGCACUCGUUGACAAAUGGCUGCAAGAUAAUGGCAUAGCAGGGUCUCAACGCAAGUACAGCUCGGCCAGAGAUUGGGUUUCGGUCACACUGCCUGUCUCGCAAGUAGAAGAGUUGCUGGAUACAGAAUACGCCACCUACAUACAUGAAGAUGGAUCUUCGUUGGUUCGAACAACCAAGUGGUCGCUGCCGCAGCACUUACACGAGCACAUCAGCACCGUUCAACCUACCACUUCCUUCCUCAGAGCAUCGCCCAAGCUGAAGACAGUGAUGGAGAGCCCAGCACAGGAUCUUAACAUCGAUGACUACGUCCCGAAUGGCACAAGUAUCCCAGGAACAUGCAACUUUUCAGGCAUGAGUCCAGCCUGUCUACGACUGCUAUACGGUACCUACAAUUACACAUCCCAGUCUCCAACAUCUCAUAUAGCCUUCGCAAACUUCCUUGGCGAGGUGCCCACUCGUGCCGAUGCCACGGCCUGGUUGCAGCGUUUGAGGCCCGAGGCAGUGUCGGCAGCUCAGACCUUUGAGCAAAUCUCUAUCAACAACGGUCCAAUUGAUGACGGUAAUGCGACAGCUGGCAGUGAGGGUAACCUCGAUCUACAAACUAUCAUCGGGCAGACAUAUCCAAUGAAGAUCACGUCGUACUCGACUGGUGGCAGCCCUCCAUUCCAACCUGACUUGGCCACCCCUACCAACACCAAUGAACCAUAUUUAGAUUGGCUCGACAGUCUUUUGUCUCAAGAAGACCUACCACAAACGAUUAGUGUGUCUUAUGGCGAUAGUGAACAGUCGGUUGAGCAGUCUUUUGCAGAGCUUGCCUGCCAACGCUUCGGUCAACUGGGCCUACGAGGUGUAUCAGUGUUGUUCAGCAGUGGUGACUUCGGUGUGGGCACUGACGGCACUUGUCUGUCCAACGACGGCAAGAACACGACUAAGUUCUUGCCCGCGUUCCCUGCCUCCUGUCCCUAUGUCACAGCUGUUGGUGGCACCAGAGAUUAUCCAGAGGUGGUGGCUUACGAUCCAGCCAACGGAUAUGUCAGUGGAAGUGGCUUUUCUAACUAUUUCGCUCAGCCUACGUACCAAAAGGAAUCUGGUGUCGUUGACAAGUAUAUCGAAACGCUCGAUGGCUUGCAUGAUGGCCUGUACAAUAAGUCUGGCCGAGCAUAUCCCGAUGUCGCAGCACAGGGCUAUAGAUACCUCAUCAUGGUGGAUGGGAUCAUCGUAACCCUUGACGGCACAAGUGCUUCCAGUCCAACGGUAGCAAGUGUCAUCGCACUGGUGAAUGAUGCUCUAAUGGCUGCUGGUCAGUCGCCGCUUGGCUUCCUCAAUCCGUGGCUAUAUACUGGGGCAGGCGCUCAGGCUUUCAAAGAUAUCACAAAUGGAUCAUCGAGUGGAUGCGGAACUACUGGUUUUGCUGCCAAGGAAGGAUGGGAUCUGGCCAGUGGUUUCGGAACUCCAUUAUUCCCGGAUAUGCUGGAUAUUCUGGGUCUUAGUGAGAAAGCCUAA